UACACAAUAAUAUUGAGUGGACAUAAUGAGAAAAAGGACUAUACUAGCACUGUGUUACGUGAAGGCGGUGGUGUGUAUCUUUACCCCAGAGGUCAGGGUCGAGCAGGGGGUGCUGAGGGGACUCCGCAGCAUUUCUGGCCAGCGGAGGUACUAUGGGAUACCUUAUGCUGUCAGUGAGAGAUUUCAGUCUCCGAGAGACCCUCCUCCUUGGCGCGGCACGUUUCUCGCCGUCAACCGCUUCGGCGCGUGCGCACAGAGCGUCUCCUUCCUUACGCUCGGCUCCGAGCACUGCCUCCACCUGGACGUCUACACUCCGGCCACCAGCUCCAAGCUCCCAGUCCUGGUAUUCAUCCACGGAGGGGCCUACUACUACGGCACUAAAGCACACUACGAUCCUGAGUAUCUGGUCACCAAAAAUGUAAUAGCAGUCAUUAUCAACUAUAGAGUCGGAGUAUUAGGCUUCUUAUGCUUAAAUGGAGUCUCCAAUUUAGGCUUGAAAGACCAAGUUGCGGCUCUAAAGUGGAUAAGGAGGAAUAUAGGUGCGUUUGGAGGAGACCCGGACAACGUGACGAUAGCGGGACAGAGUGCAGGCGCUAGUGCUGCUGCUAUGCAUUUACUCUCCAAAUCUAGUGAUGGGUUAUUUCAUAAAGCUAUCUUUAUGAGCGGAACCCCUUUAAGCCCUUGGGCGUUUAACUUGGAGCCUUUAAAACCAGCUUUUGAAGACGCUGGUAAACUCGGUCUAGUCAAAACUGAACGAGACGUAUACAACACUUUUAUGAACGCGACAUUGAAAGAUCUAUUAAAAACCACGCACGAUAGGUCAGUGAGCACCAGAUAUUUCAAAUAUUCUCCAUGUAUAGAUGUCAAUUUUCCAGAGUCUUUCUUUUGGGAUACUCCUUACAAAGUAAUUCAGUCUGAAUCUUUUAGGCCAAUCCCAAUGGUUCUUGGAUACGCAGACGUCGAAGGCAUGUUGUUCUACGGACUAAACAGCGAUCGGGACUUUCAAGAAUGGGACUCAAAAUUCGACCAAAGACUACCAUCAGUGUUUUCCUUGUGUUCUAAACUAGAGAAGAGGAAGAUAGUAAAAAAACUACGCUCAUAUUACUUUGGGGGUAAGAAGAUUAGCAGUAAAAACGUGAAAGGUGUAGUGAACUAUUACUCAGACUGGAUUGCGUAUGCAUCCGUGAAUGCGUUUUCGAAACUGAUGGUGGAUAAGUCAGCGCCUGUGUACAAUUACAUAUUUUCAUACGAAGGCGGCCGGAACUUUGCUAAGGGGCUGAUCGGGUAUAAGGCAGGGUUGCGAGGCGCGUCGCACUCUGACGAUAUCUUCUACAUCUUCAAGCCGGCGGGGCUGGGGCUGCCCGUGUCGUCUGAGGAUAGACUGUUCAUAGAGCGACUGACUACUAUGCUGGCUAACUUUAUGAAGUUUGGCGACCCCACCCCCCACCGGACUCCACUACUCCCAGUACUCUGGCCGCGCGCCAACGCAUCCCUAAGCACGCCCACGUUACGCCUGGAUCGCCAGUCCACCGUGAUAUCCGCCCCAGAGUCACAUCAAGGCCGUCUGCUGUUGAAACUGCUGUGCCGAUACGGUCAGAAAGGGUUCGUGCCAUGUGAAAGUGAAGAACGCUGUGGAAAAGAGUAGGG